UGGGCCAAGUUCUUUAAGGGCCUUGAUCAUAGAAUAUAAUUUUUUUUCUUUUAUAAUUUAAUGAGGUAGAAUGGAAGUGGAAUGGUCAAAGAAGAAGAAAGCGCUGUCUGCCUGCGUGUUGCUCCCAAAAGGCCACGGCGAAGAAGCUCCAUUCCCGUCGUUGUCGCCACCCCGACCGUCCUCCUCUCACUGUCUUCUUCCUCUCGCCUCGCGGGGAAGACACCAGCGACUGCUCGCGCUACCAAUGGCGGACGCUUGCGGCCCUCCCGCGUGAGACAAAUUCCCACGAGGAGUCCCCCUUUGUUUCCUGCUUGACCCCUCUGGCGGCUUCUGCGGCCACCGAAUAAAGCGGCCGACGACGGCGACGCCAGGAAAGCGAGGCAAGGAAUUCUCCUUCCGCAUGGAGACACCGAGGCGAUCGCGGACAAAAGGGCUUCGCUUUUGUCGCCACCGCACUCGAUGCGCUACUCCUCUGUUCUUCCCAACUCUCUCUUCCUUCCCAAUCCGACCCCUGAUUCUCCUGCCUGUGCGUGCGAUUUGUGUGGCCGCGGAGGCGGGGGAGAGUCGUGGUGAAUCUUAACAAAUCUUCCGCGGAGAAGGACGCGGUUCGAGGUGACGGCCUGCUUUAUUUGGGAGCGGUGAUGGAGAAAGGACCUUCCUUUUUUGCCGUCGGCGGGCGACAAAAAAUGGCGUCUUUAUUGAGAAACGUCGCCGCCCAGGACGACGGCUCUUCGUUGGUGACUUCAUCGCCUUUCAAGACUUUGUCGAUGAUGUCUCUUCCGCCGCCGUCUCUGUCGCCGUCGCUGUCCUUCUCGCCGUGGCUACGCGAGCUCAAGUCCGACGAGCGCGGCCUCUGCCUCAUCCACCACCUUCUCAACUGCGCCAACCACGUCGCCGCUGGGAGUCUUGACCGCGCCAACGCCUAUCUGGAGCAGAUCGCGUUGCUGGCCGAUCGCAAUGGCGACGCCAUGCAGCGCAUCGCGUCCCACUUCUCCGAGGCGCUCGCGCGGCGCGCCCUCCGCCUGUGGCCGGGCAUCUACCACUCCCUCGACUCCGCUUUCCCUGUCGCCGAGUCUGUCUUCGCACGGCGCAACUUCCUCGACCUCUGCCCCUUCCUUCGCGUCGCCUACGUUGUCUCCAACCAAGCGAUCAUGGAGGCGAUGGAGGGAGAGAAGGUGGUGCACAUCGUCGACCUCAGCGUCGCCGACCCCACGCAGUGGCUCUCCCUCCUCCAGGGGCUGCGGAGGCGACCGGAGGGCCCGCCGCACCUCAAGAUCACCGGCGUCCACGAGCACCGCGACCUGCUCAACCACACUGCCGCCUGUCUCUCCAAGGAGGCCGAGCGGCUGGACAUCCCCUUCCAAUUCAACUCUGUGGUCACCAAACUGGAAAACCUCGACGUCGAAAUCUUGCGCAUCAAAACAGGGGAAGCGCUGGCCAUCAACUCUGUUCUCCAGCUCCACACCUUGCUCGCCGCCGACGGCCCCAAAGUGGCGGGCGGCCAGCAACUGACGCUGGGCGAGUUCCUCGACAAGGAUCACAUCCCGAGCAGGGAUUCGGCAAUGCCAUCUCCGGCGACAAGAGUGGAGAGCGUGCUGGCGGCGCUGCAGGGGCUGUCGCCGAUGCUGAUGGUGGUGACCGAACAGGAGGCGGAUCACAACGGUAGCUCACUGGGGGAGCGGUUCGUGGAGGCGCUAUUCUACUACGCGGCGCUGUUCGACUGCCUGGACUCGACAGCCGCGCGGGCGUCGGUGGAGCGGCUGAGGGUGGAGAAGGUCCUGCUGGGCGAGGAGAUCAAGAACAUCAUCGCCUGCGACGGGUGGGAGAGAAAGGAGCGGCACGAGAAGGUGGAGCGGUGGGCGCGGAGGCUCCACGCGGCGGGCUUCCGGGCGGCGCCGCUCAGCCACUACUCUCUGCUGCAGGGCCGCCGCCUGCUGCCGGACUUGGGACACUGCGAAGGGUACAAUGUGAGGGAGGAGAAGGGUUGCCUGAUGAUGUGUUGGCAGGACCGACCACUCUUCUCUGUUUCCUCAUGGAAAUGCAACAAGCAGCCAUUCCACUGAAUCAAUUACCACACUUCUCUUCUCUCUU